ACUUGUAGCUUUAAUAUGGACUAUGCCGAAAACAUCUUCUAACAGAGAAUAUAGUUUAUAUUUAUAUCAGAGAAUCUAAAAUAUAAUCUAUAUAAUCUACAUUCUCUGUUUAUAUAAUUAUAUUUUACGUUCUCUGCUAAUACCUGGGGCAAGUGCUGCCAAAUUAAAUAAACAAAUUCUUAAAAUAGUGAACAUCAUAUGGAAUAACAUCCAUUUAUACAUAUUUAAAAUAAAUCUGAGGAGUGUUCGCACAUAAUCAUAUGUUUAAAUUUUUUUUUGUGAUUUUCAUAACUUUUUAGAAAUAUGUAGUAUGUGCUUUAUGGAAAUUUAAAAAUGUUUAAAGAAAGAUUUAAAUACUACAAAAGAAAAUCACCUGUUCCAGAUUUUGGCUCUGUUAUAGAUCUUGAUAAAAAUCUACAAGAAUUUGCUUCACAUGUACACAAAGUGGACUUAAACAACAGACAAGAUGUAAAUGAACACUUCCCAGGUCUGGAACCUAUUAACAAGUGGCUCUGUUAUGCUCUGAACUCCUCAGGUGCUAUUGUAAUAAAAAAUCCAUUCACCGUGCAGGGUCAACGUUACUGGAUGGCUCGUUGUUUACAAGACUACCCACAAAGUCCAAAUGUAAAUAAUUUAAGUCCACAACUCUUUUCCGUAGAAGUGCUAGAUGAUUGGUGGCUAUCUUUGCAAAAAUGCACUGACAUAGAGGAAAUACGUCGUAUGAACAUCUCAAUGAGGUGGGCUACUCUUGGAUACCACCAUGAUUGGGAUUCUAAAAAGUACUCUGAAGAAAAGUGUGGGGAGUUUCCCGAAGAUCUUGCCUCAUUAAGUGCAUACUUUGCUUCAGCUUUAGGAUUUCAGUUGUAUAAAGCGCAAGCAGCUAUUGUUAAUUUUUACCCAAUCGGCACAACGCUUUCUGCUCAUACAGAUCAUUCAGAACCUAAUCGAACAGCUCCAUUAUUCUCUUUUAGUUUUGGACAAACUGCGAUAUUUUUAAUUGGUGGAAGAACAAAAGAAAUUUCUCCAUUAGCAGUCUAUUUACGUAGCGGAGAUGUGCUCGUUAUGUCUGGUGAAUCCCGUUUAUGCUAUCAUGCUGUUCCACGCGUAAUGAAAGGUCUCGAUGAACCUUGGAACAUUCUUGUGCAAACAGAAAGUUCAAAAUCAAUAAGUUCGCCCAGAUUUAAAAGGGCCCGAAUCAAUACUACGCUAGUUGAAAAAGUUAAUAUAUAUGGUAUGGAUACAACAUUAUAUCAACAAGUAAUUGACGAAGUAUUUUGGUUACCGUUUAAAAACUACCUUAAUUAUGCACGCAUCAACAUUAAUGUGAGACAAGUAUUAAAUGAUGGUGAAACCAGGCUACCAAGUUUGACUAGUAACACUGAAGAUAUAAAAAAAAGAAAUGCUAAUAGUGAUGACUGACAAUCUUUUCUUAUUAAUAUUAAUAUAAUACUACGUGUAAGAUAUGUAUGUUACUAGUAUACAUGUAAAUAUGUAUAUAUUGCAUUAAUAGAGCGAAUUAAGGGGAAAUAUUUUUUAUAUUUAUUACAUCUGGUACACUGAAAUUAGCAUUAUAUUCUAUAUCACAACAAAUAACAAUUUGCGCCACAAACAUAAAUUAGCUAAAAUAUUAAUUUAUAAGUAAAAUCGUAUUCUCUAUCAGUUCGAAAUCAUUGGUAAGUCAUAUUCGUGUGACUGCUUUUUAUGGAAAACCUGAAAAGGUGAGGUGCUCAUCAAAUACGGACGUGAUAGAUGAAGACUAUGUGUUGGAACAAGAUGACAUAGACCCAGGAAAUCGUACAGAUUUACCCCGAAGACAAAAGGCCACAAAAAAUAUCGAAUAUUCUUCACCGGAAUUCGUUGCUUUGAAUUCUAUUAAAAGUGCAAACAAUAAUGAAAUAUAUAUGUAUGUACUUAAUUUUUGUACACUUGCCUGUGCUAAUAAUGCUUUGCUAUUAAUGCUUCGUGUCAUUAUAACCGACUUGUUGGUAAAAUCGUCCUAAUAAUACAGAGAGAAAUUAAAUCAA